GUCUUGCAGUAAUACAAUAUCAGGCUAGUGGGAUUUGCAUCCACUAAUGCAGAAAACUCCCUUCGUUGCCCCCCGCCCUUCCAGCCCAUAGUAUUUGCACCUUUGGCCUGGGCCAACCAGUUGGUUGCAUGGUUUUUGCCAUGCGCUUCGACUGGUUAAGUAUUAGUAUUUGUUAUUAGCCCUGUGUAACAUAUACAGAAAUGUUGUGUUUGGCUGUUAUAUAAGAUGGUUUCCAUGGGUGCUGCGUCCCCUGUCUCAGGGUCAUAAUGAUGCUCUUGCCAGGCGCGGCUUCUGACCCUAAUUCGGUCAGACUGAUGUGACAGUGACACGAAGAGAAGGGCAGGGAUGGAAACAGAGGCGAGGCAAGAGAAAAAGGAGUUAUAGCAGGAAUAGAAUAGGGAGGGAGCAGCCGAGGAGCAGAGAAGGGGACACUGUGGAAGAAAAGCUUGAUAGGAACGAGGCAGCCUAAGUGGGUGUCCUCCAUGGGGUCUACAGAGGAAUCCAGUUCACCAAAGGAAGCCAUGCAGCAAGUCAUGCAUACAUUUGAUCUCCCUCCAUCCUCCGAUCUGGACCUUAUCUUCCUUAAAGGGAUCAUGGAGAGUCCAAUGGCUCAUGAACGUAUGGAAGAGACCAGGCUGGAAGCUGUGAGAGAGAACAACCUACAGCUGGUGCAGGAGAUUCUCCAGGACAUGGCUGGUGUAAGAGACCAAAGUGGAGCAGCAGCUGAGUUGCAGAAGAUCCUACAAGAACCUCAUUUCCAGUCUCUCUUACAGACUCAUGAUUCUGUGGCAUCCAAAAAUUAUGAGACCCCUCCUGCCAGUCCUCUCCUGGACCCCACUCUGAGCAACCAGCCAGUUCCCCCUGAUGCAGUGCGUAUGGUGGGAGUAAGAAAGAAUGCCGGAGAACAUUUGGGAGUGACUUUCCGUGUGGAAGGGGGUGAACUGGUGAUUGCCAGGAUUUUGCAUGGUGGCGUGAUCGACCAGCAAGGUCUUCUACACGUGGGAGAUGUCAUAAGAGAGGUGAAUGGUCGCGAAGUGGGAAGUGACCCGCAGGCCCUGCAAGAAUUGCUCCGAGAAGCUAGCGGGAGUGUGGUGCUGAAAAUACUGCCGAGCUAUCAAGAGCAACACCCUCUACGCCAGGUAUUUGUGAAAUGCCACUUCAGCUAUGAACCCUCCAAUGACAGUUUGAUUCCAUGUAAGGAAGCAGGUUUGGCUUUCCGAGCAGGUGACCUUCUGCAGAUUGUCAACCAGGAGGACCCCAACUGGUGGCAGGCAUGCCUUGUGAAGGGGGGAUCCGCUGGACUCAUUCCUAGUCAGUUAUUGGAGGAAAAGAGAAAAGCCUUUGUUAAAAGAGAUGGUGAGCUAGGCCCAAAUUCUAGUGCCCUAUGUGGGAGUAUGGGAGGAAAGAAAAAGAAGAGGAUCAUGUAUGUGACCACCAAAAAUGCAGAGUUUGACCGCCAUGAACUUCUCAUAUAUGAAGAGGUUGCCAAGAUGCCCCCUUUUCGAAGAAAGACCCUGAUUCUGAUUGGGGCACAAGGAGUGGGAAGGAGAAGCCUGAAGAACAAACUAUUAACCUCAGACUCGUUAAGAUAUGGCACCACUACGCCUUACACCUCUAGAAAGAGGAAAGAUGGAGAAUGGGAUGGUCAGUCCUAUUCCUUUGUGUCCCGUACAGAAAUGGAGCAUGAUAUAAAGGCUGGACGGUACCUGGAGCAUGGAGAAUAUGAGGGCAAUCUGUACGGGACAAAGAUCAGCUCCAUACAAGAAGUGGUGGCGUCUGGAAAAAUGUGUGUGUUGGAUGUAAAUCCACAGGCGGUGAAAGUCCUCAGGACGGCUGAAUUUGUACCGUAUGUGGUUUUUAUUGGGGCUCCAGAUUUCGACACUCUUAAAUCCAAUAAUCUGAGUGCGGUGGAGGCCGGCAUGACAGCUAAGCAGCUAUCAGAUGGAGAACUCCUGCGCAUCAUAGAAGAGAGUGAACGGCUUCAGCAGGCCUAUGGCCAUUACUUUGAUCUCAGUCUGGUCAACUCUGACCUGGAUGAAACAUUUCAAGAACUUCAAACAGCCUUGGAGAAGCUGCGUACAGAGCCUCAAUGGGUACCAGUCAGCUGGGUCUACUAGAAGUCUUCCAGCCUACACAAUCCUUCCCUAGACAUUCCUGGAGCCAGACAUUAUGGAUGGACACUAUCAUUACCUCCUGGGUUUUACCCCAAGAAACUUAAUAUCCCUUAAUCCCUUCUACAUGCCUUGUUCUUGUUCACUUGUGUCAAGUGUUCUUCUAUUCCUUCUCCUAUUCUCAUUAUUUCUACCAUGGUGAUGGCCUCAGUCUGUACCUUUUUGCAUUUAUUGGAUGCCAGCUUUGGUUUUGGAAGGAGAUGGUGUAUCUUUAAAACAAAUUCUACUCAAGUAUGUAGAAUCUCGUGACCAUUAGGAAAACAUUUGGACACUAACAAAAAUCUAACCAUUGAGUAAGUAGUGCUGAGUUCUCCAUUUGGUUUCCAUCUUUGGUCAGCCUACAUGUAGACACCCCUUAGGUAGCACUGCCAAAAACAUGUCCUUAUAAGAUACUGUCUUUUCACUAUAACAACUAACUGCAAGGGUUAGAAUACACCCUGGACAACCCAGGAAGGCUUAGAAGGAGAAGUAUGUCCACUUGUAUGGUCAUAGGAUGGUGAAACAAGGUUACCUUACAAAUCUGAACCAAUAACCUCAGAAAUGGCGGGGGCUGGUCUUUAAAGACUCAAAUCACUAGAAGUUCUCAGUACUCUUCCUACACACAAUAUUUAUGCAUCUACACUCGACUACUGCUUAGAGGCACCACAUGUGAACAAUUGUGAGCAUGUACAAAAGUGACUAAGCCCUAUCUCCCUUAUGCAAAAAUACUCUGAUAUGAUAUGCUACCUGGGAGGCCAGAACCUUAUUGCUUCCCUCUUCAAACCUUACUCAGCAUUGUUUAUAGCCCAACUUCAAGGACCCCUCACCAUCACCAAUCUCUACCAUGUCAUCCCCGCCGUUUAUGCAAUUCAACAUACCCAUUCCGCUUAUACUGCCUAAUAUCAUUCCUCCAACCCUGUAUCCUGUAUGUCCAAUAUAGGAAGGGAUAAACAUGAAAGGUAGGUGGGAGAUUGUCAGCUAUUAGUCUGUCACACUAAAAAAUAUGCCAAUCCCCUCUAAACGCCACUCUUCAUGACUCACAUACCCCCCCCCCCCCCCAUAGUCCCACCAACUAGAGAAAUGCAUUAUGGGAGUAUUUGCUUGAUUCAGCCAUCAAAUUUUAUUUAGAUUCUUAAAUAAGCAGGGGCUCCUGUUAAAAACUGACGUUCCUGCUCCUGUACAGUCAACAGCCGGGUCUACUCCAUAGUUAACAUUUGGUGGGCCAGGCACAGAGUUUCAACAAAUUUCAACUAAUUAUUUUCUGAAAUUCUGGGCAAAAUUGGUGCUGACCCAAAAGCCCUUUGCCCUUUUUAGACCAUUCUCACUAUACCGGAAAUGGCCCUUGGUCAAAAGUGUUGGUGUUUUGGCAAAAAAAAUCCCUUCUUCUAAUUCAAGAUAACCCCAUAAAGCUGUGAAACUUCUAAGUUCAGUUAGAUGAAUAUCUAACUAAACUCCUGUCCAUUUUCCCUCCUGAUGAUGUUACAGCAGUAACGAAACAUGUAGAGGGGCAUUUCUGCUGUUUUAACUGCGGAGCCCCAUGUGUGUAGAAUCUAAGUGGUACUGCAGACCACUGACUAUAAUGGUGGUGACAUAACAGUGUAUUCGAUAUGGAUUCGAUAUGAUCUAAGAUUGAACUAAGACUGAUCUAAGAUUGAUCUAAGAUUGAACACACAAAGGCCCGUGUUUUUAACCUUUGUUACUCACUUUAAUUAUAAUUUUUCACCUAAUAAAAGUUAAGUUUUAGGGGUGGGAAUCCAAACAAGGGUAUUAGUGACCCUGGUUCUUCCAGGGUCCUCAGUUCAAUGAAUGUCAUCAAUGCCAUCUCUAGUCUAGGGUCCAUUCCAGUCACUCCUACCCUAAGGUCCUCAUCAAGCCAUAAUAUUAUAAGGGGAACAUUACAUUCAGUCACAUGACUCAACAUUUCUAAAAGGUGGUCGUCUUUCCCCAUUCCUGCAUUUGUUAUGGUGCAAGUUCUUCUACAAAGUGUCAGUAUUAGAAUUAGAUGAAUUGUCUGAAGUGCUUUGUAGAACUUUAUAAUCUGAAUAUUAUUUUUCUAUAGAUAUAUAACGUCUUACUUGUAAAACAGAAGAUUGACUUCUAUAAGAAAUUUUAUUGUCUAUAUAUUUAAAGCAUUUACUAUGGUGAAAAUUCAGUAAGAAUACAAAAACAUUUGGUAAAAACAAUAAACUAUAUGUCAGGGGAGUUUUUGCAAAAAUGUACAUGAUGUUCCUGGAAAUCUCAUGCAGGCAUAAAGGCCUGAGUGGAGAAAUGAAGGUAGAUCCCGUCAAAGAGGUCCACCAGCUAGAUAGGCCACAUUGUGAUCCUUGGGCUCUAAUGAGUAGAAAGCUCCUAUAAGACUUCACCAAUAUUUAUGAGAAUGGAAGCUAAAAUCCAAACUAUUCGACUUUUUACAAAAUAGAGUGGAAUAUGAGAUGAUAGAAAAAAAAAGAUGACAUAUAAAAAGUUUUGAUCAGUUAGGGUCUGGGUGUUUAGACCCCCACCAAUCGCAAGACUGAGAUGGGAGAACUGUUCAGCUAAGCACUGAUGUGUAGUGAGCAGCAAGAGAGUAGCACUUGGCUUCAUUGUAGCAAUAAGCAGGGGUAUGUAUAUAACAUAAUACAGUAAUCACAAACACACCAGAAAAGGGGAGAGCACUCUUAGGAACAAUAUCACCUUAUAUCAGUAGAACGGUCCUCGUGACCGGUGUCAGUGUCUCCUGCGGGGUGCACAUACAAUAGUAUGAAGUAUCCAAAGUAAAUACAGAAAGGGGCACGUACGUGCACUCACCGCAAAGUAGAGACAAUCAGGUGUGUAGGUCCGGUAACGGGGUGCCGGGUCUCGGCAUCGGCGCUGGCGUGUGGCGCUCGGAGGCUACGCCGGCAGUUUCGCAUGUAAGUGUGUGCUUCUUCCGGCCUCUUAAGUCAGGGUAGAUCAGUUAGGGUCUGGGUGUUUAGACCCACACCAAUCACUAGACUGAGAUGGGAGAAUUGCUCAGCUAAGCACUGAUGUGUAGUGAGCAGCAAGAGAGUAGCACUUGGCUUCAUUGUUGCAAUAAGUAGGGGUAUGUAUAUAAUAUAAUACAGUAAUCCUUCAAUUCACAAUGACCAUAGGUUACAAGAUUUUUGUAACACUCACGUUUCUGAAGACAGGAAGUCCGGUGGAUGUGGAUCCGCUGGACCUGUGUGGCAGAUGACUUGGACCGUACCAGGGAGCGGAGUUUAAGGUGCCACUGGUUUUCACCAGAGCCCGCCGCAAAGCGGGAUGGACUUGCAGCUGCAGGUGACACCCAGGUCACUACCCCUGGCACGGCUCAACCACACAGGCGGCUGAGGAGAUGCGAGGCACAGGAGGGAUAAGGCAGCUCAUAGUCUGGAUAGCAGAAGGUCAGGGCAGGCGGCACAGUAGCGUAAUGUAGACGUAGCAGGAGGUCAGUAGGCAGGCGGCAGAGGAGCAAGGUCGAGUCACAAAGCAAGAGAUCUGAAACACGGCAAGGCAAUAACAGGAAUGCUUUCUCUCAGGCUCAAGGCAACAAAGAUCUGGCAGGGAACUGAGGAAGGUGGAGGAAUUUAUAAAUGAGCCACAGGUGGAUUACACUAAUGAGCAUACUGGCCCUUUAAAUCUUAAAGCUCAGGUGCGCAUGCGCCCUAGGGGACAGGGACACGCGCCCCGGAGCAGAGAGGCAGAGGCAGGAGAAACACCCGGAGAGUGACAGACUUGGGCUCGCAUGCAGGUCUGUCCCGCAAUGCGAGUCCUAGCCCUGUCGGCAGCAGAAGGUAAGGGGACCAUGCGCUCACGGCCAGCGUGUGUGGCCCGAGCGCAUAACGUAACCAUUUUUAACAUACAGUGGUCUUUUCUGGACCAUUGUAACUUGAAACCAUACAAUGGCUGGAAGAACUGAUCAGUCAGAAUGAGCAUUUCACUGGUGAAACCCCUGUAUUCCUGAAGUGCAUGCACUGACUGGUGUCUGGCAGCGCCCCCUACAGUACAGGGAGGUAUUACAUGUUCUGUAAUACUAUUUACCUUUGCCAGGGUAAGCUGCUCUUUAGGACACCAGAUGAGGGUGGCUCAACUUUACUUUUUAGGACACUGUGUACUGUACAGGACCCUGAAGAAGCUACUGUCCUCUACAUAGACAGUGAUUUACCGCUUCCAGCAGCUCUUUCUUAUCUUUAUAUGUAAGGACUUUAUCUGUAUUAGUUAUCUACUUCUAUCUUUAUUUGAAGAUGUACUCUGCCCCUAGACAUCUUAUCCCCAAUCUAAAGGAUAGGGCAUAAGAUGUUUGAUCACAAGGGGUCUGGCCGCUGUGGUCGCUUGUCGCACCCUCCUAUAGACAUGAAGGGAGGGGACGUGGCGUGACAUCACGACCACGGUCGCCCGAAGCCGGCUUUCUGAACAUAAAUGUUCAAAACACUGGGGUGCCAGCCCGGAGAUCCCAGCUGCCGGACCCCCGCUCCCUGCGAUCAGUCAUCUUAUCCCCUGUCCAAAGGUUAAGAUGUCUAGGGACGGGGUAUCCCUUUAAUCCUCGCAUUUCCCAAUUUUUGGAGUUCAUACAAUGGUGAUCCAGGAACCAAUUUAUAUUUUAACUUGAUUUUUUAUUUACAUAUAAAGAAAGGGUCACCAUCAGAAAUAGUCAGACCAUGUCACCCCUUUGUAAGGUUUCUGGGGGAUAGUAUAUAGAUUUUUUUUAUACUACCUUAUGUGGGAGAUGAUCUUUAAGGAGACUUUAGGCCGAUAUCCUUGAUGGGUACAUAGAGUAAGGCAGAAGGGACUAUUUUGGGCCCAUGUAUUUUCACCUGUUGAAUAGAGCUUGUUUGUUCCAUUUAGUGAUGGGCAGGCAGAAGAAAGCAGCUGGUAGGGGAAUGUGUGCUCCUUUUUUGUGUUUAUCUGGAACAAUAGAUAAAGUCUAAAUCUGGUCUUAGGUUUUAUGGUUUCCUGCAUAUAAAAUAGCAGAAUAAAUAUGAAUACUUAAAAAAUGUUCUUACAUGGACCCCUCAACAUUGAGACAAUUGUUGUGUCAAAGCAAUGCAUAGCUUGACCUCUCUGACUCUGUCCCGGUGUUUGGUAUUGCAACUCAGCCCUAUUCAAGUAUAAAUCACUUACCUGCAAUACCAGACAAAGCCUAUGGAGAAGUGUGGCACUGUUCUGAAAAAACAAAAGCUUUUUUCUAUACUCUAUAGCCAAUCUGCCAUGUAGGAGCUGCUCAUGGCUAUUAUAGAAGAUCAAUAUUCACAGGUGGUCUCCAAAUACAGAAGCACCUGCAGCCCAUGAAUAACGUGAGGACCAUGAAGUAAAGAAACCUGUAAACAAUGGGGGACAAUUUAAGGGAUAUUUAGUUACUGGGUCAUCUACCACAGGACAAUAGGCUAAGGUUUUAGAUAUUGACAUUUUUAGCAUCUCUUCCACAAAUGAUAACUUUAUUAUGUCUCCAUCAUCACAAACAGAAAUGGAUUACUAAUUUGAUAAUUCCACAGCAUAACACUGCCAAUAAAUCUAUAACGUCCCAGGCAUGUACGUAAUGUGUUUUGUGAUGUUUAUAAAAAUAAAUAUGUGAAGAAAAUCA